CUUCUCCUGUGACGACUGUGUUCUGAAUGAUAAAACAUACUUUUCUGGGAACUUGUACCACCCAGACCUGAUGUCAGGAAUCACCCGUCCAGAUGAAGGUUUGUGUGUGAGCUGAUGUGGACGUGAAUUCAGCAGAAUGGACCAGUGUGACGAUGGAGAGGAAGGAGUCCCUCCCUCUAAAACCUCUCUGUGUGAGGAACUUUUGAGUCGGAGCAAAGCUCAGAGGAAUAGACCCAGACCUGGACCUGGACCUGGACCUGAACCCGGACCCGGACCCGGACCCGGACCCGGACCCAGCUGUGUGUCCUUGAAGAGCGACCAUUCAAAGGACUGGUUCAUUGGCUUUAAAGGAGACCAGCAGUCUUCUUCAGAGAGAGUGGACCAGCAGAUCUCAGAGUCCCCCAGCGGUCCGUCUGUCCAGCAGCAUCAGACCCAGCUGGACUCCAUCUUUCAGCUGCUGGAGGACAACAUUGUCAUGUUUGUGAAGAACGAGCUGAAGAAGAUCCAGAGGGGUCUGAGUCCAGAUUACCCAGAAUCCCUAGAGCAUCUGUUGGACGGUGAGGAAGAAGAGCAGAGAAGGAGCAGAGAGGCGUUUGUGAAGAUAACAGUAAACUUCCUGAGGAGAAUGAAGCAGGAGGAGCUGGCUGAGCGUCUGCAGAAAAGCUCUUUUGCUGCAGUUUGUACAAGGCGGCUAAAGUCUAAGCUGAAGAAGAAGUCCCAGUGUGUGUUUGAGGGGAUUGUUAAAGCAGGAAACCCAACCCUUCUGAAGCAGAUCUACACAGAGCUCUACAUCACAGAGGGAGGGACUGGAGACGUCAACAAUGAACAUGAAGUCAGACAGAUUGAAGCAGCUUCCAGGAAACCACACAGAGCAGAAACAACCAUCAGACAGGAAGACAUCUUUAAACUCCCACCUGGAAGAGAUGAACCAAUCAGAACAGUGAUGACGAAGGGAGUGGCCGGCAUCGGGAAAACAGUCCUAACACAGAAGUUCACUCUAGACUGGGCUGAAGGCAGAACCAACCAGGACAUCCAGUUCCUGUUUCCAUUUACCUUCAGAGAGCUGAAUGUGCUGAAAGACAGAAAGUUCACCUUGGUGGAACUUGUUCAUCACUUCUUCACUGAAACCAGAGAAAUCUGCAUCUUUGAAGAGUUCCAGGUCGUGUUCAUCUUUGACGGUCUGGAUGAGAGUCGAAUUUCUCUGGACUUCCACAACAAUGAGGUCCUGACUGAUGUUACGGAGUCCACCUCAGUGGAUGUGCUGUUGACAAACCUCAUCAGGGGGAACCUGCUUCCUUCUGCUCGUCUCUGGAUCACCACACGGCCCGCGGCAGCCAAUCAGAUCCUUCCUGAGUGUGUUGACAUGGUGACGGAGGUCAGAGGGUUCACUAACCCACAGAAGGAGGAAUACUUCAGGAAGAGGUUCAGAGAAGAGAAGUCCACCAAAAUCAUCUCCCACAUCAAGACAUCACGGAGCCUCCACAUCAUGUGCCACAUCCCAGUCUUCUGCUGGAUCACUGCUACGGUCCUGGAGAACGUCCUGGAGAAUGUUCUGGAAACCAGAGAGGGAAUGGAGCUGCCCAAGACCCUGACUGAGAUGUACAUCCACUUCCUGGUGGUCCAGGCCAAACUGAAGAAGGUCAAGUAUGACGGAGGAGCUGAGACGGAUCCACACUGGAGUCCAGAGAGCAGAAAGAUGAUCAAAUCUCUGGGAAAACUGGCUUUUGAGCAGCUGCAGAAAGGAAACCUGAUCUUCUAUGAAUCAGACCUGAGAGAGUGUGGCAUCGAUGUCAGAGAGGCUUCAGUGUAUUCAGGAGUGUUCACCCAGAUCUUUAGAGAGGAGAGCAGCCUGUACCAGGACCAGGUCUUCUGCUUCAUCCAUCUGAGUGUUCAGGAGUUUCUGGCUGCUCUUCACGUCCAUCAGACCUUCAUCAAGUCUGGAGUCAACCUGCUGGAGGAACAGAGAAACAGGUGGUUUAAAAAAAGAGCAGAGACUCACCUCUAUCAUAGUGCUGUGGACAAGGCCUUACAGAGUCCAAACGGACACCUGGACUUGUUCCUCCGCUUCCUCCUGGGUCUCAAACUGGAGACCAAUCAGACCCUCCUACGAGGUCUGUUGAAACCAAAACAAAGAAGAUCACAGAACAAUCAGGAAACAGUUGAAUACAUCAAGGAGAAGAUCAGUGGGUAUCUGUCUGCAGAGAAAAGCAUCAACCUGUUCCACUGUCUGAAUGAACUGAACGACGGUUCUCUGGUGGAGGAGGUCCAACGGUCCCUGGGGUCAGGACGUCUCUCCACAGGUAAACUUUCUCCUGCUCAGUGGUCGGCUCUGGUCUUCAUCUUACUGUCAUCAGAAGAUCUGGAGGUGUUUGACCUGAAGAAGUUCUCAGCUUCAGAGGAGUUUCUACGGAGGCUGCUGCCGGUGGUCCAAGCCUCCAAGAAAGUUGUGUUGAAUGACUGUAACCUCUCAGAGGACAUCUGUCCACUUCUGUCCUCAGUCCUCAGCUCUCAGUCCUCCAGUCUGACAGAACUGGACCUGAGUAACAACGACCUGCAGGAUUCAGGACUGGAGCAGCUGUGUCCUGGACUGGAGAGUCCACACUGUCACCUGGAGUCUCUCAGGUUGAGUGGUUGUAAUGUCUCAGGGAACAUCUGUCCACUUCUGUCCUCAGUUCUCAGUUCUCAGUCCUCCAGUCUGACAGAACUGGACCUGAGUAACAACCACCUGCAGGAUUCAGGACUGAAGAAGCUGUUUCCUGGACUGGAGAGUCCACACUGUCACCUGGAGUCUCUCAGGCUGUCAGGAUGUCUGAUCUCAGAAGAAGGAAGUUCUUCUCUGGUCUCAGCUCUGAGUUCCAACCCCUCCCACCUGAGAGAGCUGGACCUGAGCUACAACCAUCCAGGAGAGUCAGCAGUGAAACUUUUGUCUAGACUGGAGGAUCCCCGCUGGAGACUGGACACUCUCAGGGUGGAGCCUGCUGGACAACGAUGGUUGACACCAGGUCUGAGGAAGUAUUCCUGUCAACUCACCAUCGACACAAACACGGUCCACAAACGCAUCAAACUGUCUGACAACAACAGGAAGAUGAUGUAUGUGGAGGAGGAUCAGUCAUAUCCUGAUCAUCCAGACAGGUUUGAUUUCUGGGCUCAGCUUCUGUGUAGAGAAGUUCUGACGGGUCGCUGUUACUGGGAGGUCCAGUGGAGCGGAGGUGUUGACAUAUCAGUGAGUUACAGAAGAAUCAGAAGGAAAGGAAACUCUGUCGACUGUUUGUUUGGAAGGAACGAUCAUUCCUGGAGUCUGUCCUUUUAUGGUGAUGGUCGGUACUCUAUCUGUCACAAUGACAGAGGAACACCUUCCUCCUCCUCUUCCUCAGUCUCUGGCAGAGUAGCAGUGUACGUGGACGUUCCUGCUGGAACUCUGUCCUUCUACAGAGUCUCCUCUGACAGACUGAUCCUCCUCCACACCUUCAACACCACAUUCACUGAACCUCUCUAUCCUGGGUUCUGGUUCAGGUCUGGUUCUUCAGUGUCUCUGUGUUGAGUUCAGUCUCAAGAGUCUCCUCCUGUCAGAGAAACUGUCUCUGUUGGACAGAUAGUUGAGUCUGUACAUGUCUGUCUCUGUUUCCAUCAGAACACCUGAAUAACAUGUUGGUGAAACUGUUCUGAAUGAUUCCUUGGAAACUUCUUCCUCUUCCGGUCCUUUAAAGGUGGAAGCUGCUGUUAUUCCAGGAUCCACAUGUUGCUCUUCUGCCUGUUUCCUGUCAGAGCUUCACAGUGAACAGCUGCAUGUUUCUCUGCAGCUCAGUUUAGCUGAGAUCAUUCAGCUGCAGUUAGUUUGGUGCACAUGUGACCAACUGUGAUGUCAGAGAGGAAUCACUGUGCUGCAAUCAGCCAAGAUGAAGUUACAACAAGGUUCAUCCUGGUCUUUAUUCUCACCCACAUCCUGUUCCAACCAGGACGUCACUACUGGACUGUCAGGCUUCUUUCAUGGCAAAGUGUUUGUUUGUAUGCAAGUUUAUUGUAUGAAUAAAAUGAUCGAUCCAU